UAUAUCUGAUUAUGAUGAAAAUUGUAAUAUGGAAUUAUUUGAAUUAUUUGAAAAUUAUGAAAAACAUUUAAUUCUGGUUAAAUAUGGCAACUAUAAACCUGAAAAGAAAGUUACAGUUGGUGAUAUUAAACAACUUAAAAGCAUAUUUUCCGAUUAUUUACCAAAUAGUAUAGGAAUUUUGGUAACACUAGCAUGA